CGACCCCCUCGUGUCGUGCUUCUCCUUCUCAUAUUCUCCCCGACAGCCAUUGGGCCAUCGUCACCAUGAUAUCUCGAGCGGCGGCUCCUUCGUCUACUCCUCUCGCCUCCCUUUCCUCCCGCUCCCUCCGACUCCAGGCUCCGGCCGCCCGCUCUUUCGCAACCGUUUCGGACAAUGCUCCCCCCGUACACCACCACGGCGGUCUGAAGGACCAGGACCGGAUUUUCACGAAUCUUUACGGACACCAUGGCGCCGACUUGAAGUCAGCCAUGAAGUACGGAGACUGGUACAGGACUAAGGAUAUCGUGUUGAAGGGUCAUGACUGGCUCAUCUCAGAACUCAAGGCCUCUGGCCUGCGUGGUCGUGGCGGUGCUGGUUUUCCCUCUGGACUGAAAUACUCUUUCAUGAACUUCAAAGACUGGGACAAGGACCCUCGGCCCCGGUAUCUGGUCGUCAACGCUGAUGAGGGUGAACCCGGAACCUGCAAGGACCGCGAGAUUAUGCGCAAGGACCCCCAAAAGCUGAUCGAGGGCUGUCUGGUUGUCGGCCGUGCCAUGAACGCCAACGCCGCCUACAUCUACAUUCGUGGCGAAUUUUACCACGAAGCCACUGUCCUCCAGCAAGCCAUUAACGAGGCUUACCAAGCCGGCCUAAUUGGCAAAAACGCCUGUGGAACUGGCUACGACUUUGACGUAUUCAUCCAUCGCGGAAUGGGCGCCUAUGUCUGUGGCGAGGAAACCUCGCUCAUCGAGUCCCUCGAGGGCAAGGCUGGCAAGCCGCGCCUCAAGCCCCCGUUCCCCGCUGCCGUAGGUCUCUUCGGCUGCCCCAGCACUGUUACCAACGUUGAGACUGUUGCCGUCACACCAACCAUCAUGCGCCGAGGCGCCAGCUGGUUCGCCGGCUUUGGGCGCGAGCGCAAUGCGGGUACGAAGCUCUUCUGUAUCUCCGGCCACGUCAACAACCCCUGCACCGUCGAGGAGGAAAUGUCCAUCCCGCUCCGUGAACUGAUUGACCGCCACUGCGGUGGCGUCCGAGGCGGCUGGGACAACCUCAAGGCCGUCAUUCCUGGCGGUUCUUCCACCCCUAUCAUCCCCAAGUCCGUCUGUGACGACCAGCUCAUGGACUUCGAUGCCCUCAAGGACUCGCAAACUGGUCUUGGUACCGCCGCCGUUAUUGUCAUGGACAAGUCCACUGACGUCGUCCGCGCCAUCUCCCGUCUAUCCACUUUCUACAAGCACGAGUCCUGCGGCCAAUGCACCCCCUGCCGUGAGGGAAGCAAGUGGACCCUGCAGAUGAUGCAGCGCCUCGAGAAGGGCCAGGCUCGCGAGCGCGAAAUCGAUAUGCUCCAGGAACUCACCAAGCAGGUUGAAGGCCACACUAUCUGUGCCCUUGGUGAGGCCUUUGCUUGGCCCAUCCAGGGUCUGAUUCGUCACUUCCGUCCGGAACUGGAAGCUCGUAUCAAGGAAUACUCAGAAGGGCUGGGCGGUCAGCAGCCACUUGCUGGUGGUUGGCACCCGAACAGCCGGGCAGAGGGCAAGCUGAUUUCUCCUGGCAUGUAAAGUAUUUUAUUCUCUUAAUCAUCAAAAGAGUUGACUCAUAGAAAUCUGUCCCCAAGUUCCUUUGGCUUUCUAGGAGGGGUGAUUAUCUCUCUUUUUUUUUUAUGUUUCCCGUUCGCGCGCGUUGCUUGCUUGUCUAGGGUUUUGACCAUGUACAUUUUCGAUCGAAUCCG